CCAUGCUAUGUAGUAUACUGCUGAUCCUUCAGUACGCAGGCACACAUCUACACCCUCAGUAAGCAGGAACACAUCUAUACCCUCAGUAAGCAGGAACACAUCUAUACCCUCAGUAAGCAGGAACACAUCUACACCCUCAGUAAGCAGGAACACAUCUACACCCUCAGUAAGCAGGCACACAUCUACACUUCUGGAAAGGAUGAAGAGCUUUACAUUGAUAGCUGUGGUGGUGAGCCUGACUACUGCUUCAGUUGAACACAGGGAGAAACUCAUCACCGGAGUCGUCAGGCAGGGAGGAGACUCCUUGCAGAAGACGUGGACAAACACUCCUGGUGUGUAUGGCCACACACUGGGAGGGACGGGGACCGUCUAUCCCACCGGCUACUAUCCCUACAUUACCCCAUACAUUCCUGUGAGCAAUGAGGUCACCGAGGCCUUCACUGCUCGCCGUGCCUCACCCUUCACUACAGCAGGGAGCAAGAUCGUCUUCGCUGAAGGAGUCACACAGCAGGUUGGUACUGGCUGGAACACCGCCACCAGUGAGUUCCUCGCCCCCACAACAGGUGUCUACUUCUUCACCUUCGCCGCUAUGUCUGACCACAACACACACUUCAGGGUGAGCCUGAGGCACAACGGGGCAGAGGUGGUGAACGCCUACGGUGAUGCCACAGGGUAUCAGAUGGGCAGCCAGAGUGCUGUCCUCUACCUCAACGCUGGCGACAGUGUUUAUCUGCAGCUAGAGGAAGGGCGACUGUACGACGCCACCUCCACCAGGGCCUACACCACCUUCACCGGCUUUAAGGUCCUCUGAGGCGCCACGCUUCAACCUUCAGCCCUGAAGAUCUUAUGGAUUACAUCAUCUUCCCUAAGCUUAUCAGGAACCUCCAACACUGUCUUCUCUGUUAAUCAUAUUCGUCACAGUGGUGUGAGACGCGCACAUCCAGUAAAAAUAUUGAAAUGCCUGUUAUGUUUUCACUUAUAACAAAAAUUCAUUGCAUGAAAAAGUAGUCGACGAAGAAAAGAAGUAGCACCUGUGGUGGUAACUGGAGAACCUCAGCCUGGGAGACAAUAAUCGUACUUCAGGGAAAAUUUAGAGAUGCCUCCCUGGAGUUCUUGAGUAUUUUCCUUCCCUGACAACCCUAUAGUGUAUAUGUAUGUAAAUAUUUUUAAAGCAUUUUAUUUGAAUGGUCCAUGGGAACAUACGAGUAUGUUUGCGAAAUAUCAACUGAAAAAACAGCAUCGUUUUUAUAUUCAUAAUGUUGUAGUGAAUGCUUUUGCUUAGUAUUGAGCCCCAAGUUACAGCUGCUUAUGUAGUGCUUUGCUUUACAAAGACAUAAGAUCACUAACAAGAAAUGGGAAGGGAAGGAGUGGAGUAGAAUAGAGCAGCGGAAAAGGUUGUUUAUGGUUUCACAUUUUACUACUAGGAUUACCUCACAAAAUAUCGAAACAGAUUUUUAAAUUGUUAAUUGGUAAAACAAUUUCCACCUUUUUUUUUUGCUGUUUUGGCAGUCAUAUAAAAUAUGUCAGUUACUGUUCUUGAAGAGCUACAUUGUUUAACAUGUCACAUAACUUGUCUUGCUAUACAAGCAUUUCUGUGUCACAAUUUUCUGCCUAAGCUAAAUAAAGAUUUACCUAAUAUAAAUUUGAAUUAAAUACAUAGUUUAAAAUUUUCUCAUGUAAGCAAUGUAAUAUAUUUUUUUAUAUUUUCUGAAAAAAAAAGGUGAAAUACAACAUUUGUUGAGUAUUACUGGUGUAAAUCACGAGUGAGAUCACUUGAGACAAAAUAAGUCACGAUCUUCCACGUAAAUAUGUAAGCAACUGCAAACACAAAAUAGUAACAAGGUGUAUUUCGGUCGCUUCGCCAUUCAUGAAAGGUAUUCCCGUAUUCUGUAAACCCAGCCUCCUCUACCUAAGUGCAGGCAAAAGUAACAGUGAAAGGUUAUCAGAAAAUUCUAAUGCAGCAAAGUAUAAAAAUAUGUUUACGUGUGUUUAUAUUUAUACGUAUGAAUUCCUGAACGUUUGUGCACUUUCAUAUGUAUACAUCUGUGUAUGUAUUUGUGUGUGUAAGUAUGCAUAUCUGUAUAUGUAUUUCUUGUAUGUAUGCUUAUGCAGAUGUAUAUUAUUUAUCUUCCGUAAGCCAGGCGUGUCGUAAAAGACGACUAAAAUGCCAGGAGCAAGAGGUUAGUAACCCCUUCUGUAUUAUAAAUUACUAAAUAUAAGAAGAAACUUUAUAAAGCUGGGAUGUUUGAAUGUGCGUGGAAUUACUUUAAAUGAUAUAUAAGAGAUUAUUGUCAGUAUUUUGAAUGAAAAGAAGAUGGAUGUCCUGGCUCUAAGCGAAACAAAGCCGAAGGGGGUAGGAGAGUAUCAGUGGGGAGAAAUAGAUGGGAUAAGGUCAUGGGUAUCUGAGAGUUAAAAUUAAGGAAGGAGUAGCAAUAAUGUUGAAGGAUCAGUUUUGGCAGGAAAAGAGGAAAUAUAAAUGUAAAAAUUCAAGGAUUGUGUGAAUUAAAAUAAAGGUCGGUUGCAAAAAAGUGGAUUAUAUUAAGUAUUUAUGCACCUGAAAAAGAAAGGUGUAGAGAGAGAGAGAGAGAUUUUGGGAGAUAUUAAGUGAGUGUUUAGGGAGUUUUAAACCAAGUGAGAGAGUAAUUGUGGUAGGGGACCUAAAUACUAAAGUGACAAUUGAUUCCAUUCACGAAUGUGAUAUUUUAAUUAUAGGAAAGCACUAAACCGUUGGGGUCAUAUAGCACCUGUGAAAUGGGAGGUAUUCAAAUUCAAUCUAAGCAAGGGUACGUUAAGUCCAGUUCUUUGGAUCAAGAGCCCCUCACCAGCAUUAAGGCAAAACGCUACAGUGACCUCUGUAUUCAGAUGCACCUUUUUUCGUAAAAUUCAACAUUCAGAAAAAAAAUCGAGAAGAGCAAAGUACCAAUAUUCACAAAUGUCAUUAUUUUCGAACCGACACAUGCUUUUUGAGCUCUUGUGAUUCAAUUGUUAUUUUUUGUAUAAGUGUGUUAUUUUUGUUUUAUUCUUGAAAAUAAGUGAUCGUGACUC